AUGCUCGGAUCUAUGCAUGAAGAUGGUUCUACUAAUCAUGAUAUCUCCAUGAGUUCAUCUAAUAACACUGCUGCUUCGAUACCUUUAACAAAUACUACUAUUAUGGACUCUUUAAACAAACAUCCUCAGUCACUCGACGACUCUGCGCUUUCUGCUGCAUCCACUCUGAUUGAGCAACCCAUUACAAAUGUAUCAACUCCACAAAAGUCUUCUCAGCUUCCAUGUGUCGAGUUCCAAAAGCUGCUGGACAUUCGCAAAAACAAAAUCGACUUUAAAGAGAAACCUAUGCAUUUAUCCAAGCAUCCAUAUACUAUUUUAGAAUUGGCAAAAUUCUUUGCUUUUAGAACGGAUCCUACCAAUAUUUUAAAUUCGCAAUCAACUACAUUCGAUUCAUUGAUUGCCAUGCUUAUCCAAGACUCGUCUUUCACUUUGCAUCAUCUUUUAAAAACCGUCACUGAUCAGCUUUGUCCGAUUACAUUUGAAAAUCAGUCAACAACCAGAGAGGUGUCAAUGGUCAAAGCAUGGCUAGAAUCUUGCAUUGUACGAAUUGCGUCUCGUAAUAACUACGGGUUUCAACUGGAUAAUGGAGAAACUCCAUUAUCGGUAUCUGUUUUUCGAUGGGAAGUCAAACAUCUGGAUCUUUUUCAACCAGAAAUCCGCAAACUUAUUGAAACAAGAAUGGCAGCUCGUGAUACUGCGUGUAAAGCCAUGAAAAAGUAUAUUCAAGACUUGUCUCCUGAUGCACGCGCUAGUUUAUUUUCCAUGACUCCUGGAACUAAACGUAAAGCUGAUGGCGCAGAGAUUCGAUCUUCCUCCAAAGAGGCCAAAAUCAAGGAAAAGGAAUCUAGAGAUAUAGAGCGACAACGUAAAGAAAAUGAAAAGGCUGCUGAAAAACAACGCAAAGAAAAUGAAAAGGCUAUUGAAAAACAGCGCAAGGAAGACGAAAAGGCAUUGGAACGAGCAGCUAAAAAGUGCAAAAAGGAUGCCGAACGAAAAGCUUCCAAGGAAGCCAAAGAGUUGAAUGAAGUCAAGGAAGUGGAAGAACGAGAGAAAAAAAAGAAUGCUACUCCUGGCCAAAAAACGCUUGCUGGGUUUGUGUUUAGUGUGUCCAAGGAAAAAAAAGAAACUGUAGGAGGCUCAAUAGCUUGUGAAUAUGCAGACUAUAUGUCAUACUUUCAACCAUUUCACGUAAAGGAAACUGUUACUGUAUCAUCAAUUCAUCCAUUAGAGCAUGUAAAGCCGUUUCCUAUUGGUCUCACUUUUCCAGAAAUAGACAUCAACUCGUGCAUAUUAGAUUUUAAGUUAUUUUGCAGCAACAAGUCAAAAAUACACUCAGUGAGGAGGUUUCCGCGUAAUUUGGAUUUGGCAGAUGAUGGUAAUAUUUUACUUCAAUCACGCACAUGGAAACUGAUUGGAUUUGCAGAAAACAUUCGGCCUCCAUAUUUUGGAACAUGGUCCAAAGUAAGCAAGUAUGUGACUGGAAGACGCCCAUUUUGCAACAAGGAACCCACACUUGAAUAUGAUGUGGAUAGCGAGGCUGAGUGGGAGGAAGAUGAGCCGGGCGAAGAACUCAAAUCUGAAGAUGAGGACGAAGACGAAGACAUUACUGCAGAUGAUGAUGAAGACGAGAAUCAAUGGCUCGUUCCUCAUGGAUACCUGUCGGACGAUGAAGGAAUUGAAGAAGACGAUCCUGGUUGUGAUUCAUCUGGUACAAAACCCAAAAUGAAUGGUGAUAAUCCGUCAAAGCGAAAAAACUUGGUGCAUCUUGUUCCAGUGAUCAGCGGACCGCACUUUUCAAACACAAGCGAUCCUCUUCCAGCCACAGAUCCACUUUCCAUGCUAACAGUCGAGAUCAUUGGAGACUAUACAAUACCAAUUGACCCAUAUCAUACUACAGUGGUGCAUACUGAUGAUAUUGUACAAGUCAAAAAAACACCCAAAUCUCAAAAAUCAAUGUUUCCUAAAGAACACUUGCCUGAUCUUAUCCAGUUGGUUUCUGGGCGAGAGGCGCGAAUCGCAGAUCUCGUUGAUGAGUUCAAGGCAUUAGUACCCACUGCGACAAAAGCAGCGAUUGAAAGCAUGAUCCGAUCCAUUGCCAUUCGUAAAAAGGAAAAACAUGAUGCACGUCACAAAUGGUACCUCAUUGAACCCAACUUGUUACCAUUGGAAAGCACGCCAACGAAAUCACCAUUCAAGCAGACUUGUGUGUCUGUUGAAAUACCUGCUCAACCCAUUGCUUCCAUAUUUGAGACCCCAAAGAAAAAAAAGGUUGCUAAGCAAAUGACACUUUUGGAUACGAUCAGUACACCUACCAAGACACCAACUCGUGCAUUUAAACAAACCAUGAGUAAUUCUACGAGUACAAAAAAGAAUUCAACACCGCCUAAAAAUGAGUUGGUAACGGACGCUGAAUCGAUUGUGCUUCCUCUAAAGCGACGCUUUAGUGACUCGUGCCAUAACACUGAGAUGCUAAAUGUAUUGAAAAAAGCGAAUCAGCAGCCCAAUGUGUGUUUAGAACUUCUUUCUUCGGAGAUGUUUUCUCGGCAGGAUGUCAUAGCAGGUUUAUCAUGUGAUUUACUCACAGCACUCAUCAUGAUUGUACUCGAAUUAGCGUCGGUUAUUUCUAAUACGUAUUGGAUAGAUGCUGAAUGGCCAGUUAUCAAGAAUGCAUUGCGAGUAGUCGCGCAUCUGCUUGCAUCGGAGCAUGUACUAUCCAAGACGGCAUACAAGAAGUUUGAGUCAGAUGUGGCCAACAAAUGGAAUUUAUCCAUUGGAAUGUUACUCUCAGAAAUGCAAGUUGAAGCAGCAGGAUAUGCAGCAGCAAUUAUAUCACAAUCCAUACAUGCAUGCCAUGAUCAAUCAGCAGUAAUACGAAUUCAACAAUCAUUAUCGCAGUUUAUCAACCAAUACAAGGCAAGUUUAAAUUGA